CUUUUAAUUUGAAAAGCAUGUAUUGUAGCCUACAGUUCAUUUUAAAUAGUUUACCGUUAAAUUAAAUACGGUAUUGACCUCAACGUGAACUAUCGCGCAUUCACGGUAUAGUUUGUCUGAAGCGUUUCUUAGUUCCAGAUACUGGCAGAAGGGAAGAUAAUAGAGACCCCGACCAAUCAAGGUAUUCAAACGGACAGCAGAACCUCGCAGUUUAGCGCACGUGCCGACUGAUUGAGGCCGUGUAAUUGUUUGGGGGGGAAACAACAUGUCUUCAAAGAAACAAGGUUUUAGUCUAUUGUUCUUGUAAAUUCGUGUGACCGUCCAAUGGCCUAAUCUGCAAUGUUGCGCAAACUAUAAAAUGCUUUAUGGGUCACAAACCCUUUUUAAAGGAUUCAAUAAUCCAAAAUACUGAAGAAAACUUUAAGACUGAAACUGGAGCAGUCGCCUCUUGUCUAAUCUGGUAGGCUCUUUGCUUGAGAAGAGUAGGCUACUUGUCUUUAUCCCGUAUUUGAGUCAAACUGUUCAGAAAUCAUUGAUUAAUCCUAACCCUCACCUCCCAAAUUCUAAUCAUACAAAUGCUAUCGAAGCGAAUUAAGCAAAUAUGCUAAAUUAUAAAUUAACGUUGCCUAUGUGGGCCUAUAACUAGCACAACAUUAUACGGCUGUUGAAUAAAUUAUUAAAAUUGGUUGUUCAAAUACAGUUGGAAGUCGGUGCAAAUUUAAAAACGGUACAGUCGAUUCUACCUAAUUGAAUUAUUGCAACGAGUUCAACCACGGAACAUGAAAAGGGCUGUAUUCCAUGGCUUCACAAGGACUCCUCCCCUGACGCUUGCAUUGAGUUGGGUGUGUGAAUAAGUCGAUCAUAUAUAAGACCCCUCGAACAAUCCAGGAGCAGAUCAUCAUCGCAGUUGAGGAAAUCCGUAGGUACAUCUGAGAAGGUCAACAUUGGUUAGAUACGGGACAUACGCGAAGAGGACACAGAUACCGGGGCGCCAACGGUGUUGCGUCUUGGUUACGAUUGUCUUCAAAUUGGUACUUUUGACAGUUGAUAAAUAAUGCAGUUGGAGAGCAUUCUUCCCAGCACUGCCAUCAAUUUACCCAAGACGUUUUAUAAUCUCUCGUCGUCAGACAGCGCCAAUAACAGCCCGGGGUCAUCGCAGAUUGAAUACCAAGAAAUUGAACGUACGGAAUCCGAAUCGAUUAACGGUCCCAAGAAAUAUUUGAGCGGAGCGGAAAACGCCAUGAUGGGUGAGGGCGAAGGAGACACCUUUACCGGGACUAAAUCAGGCCCUGAUGGAAGAAAAGGCUCACCGGUACUAGGCGAGGAUGACCUGGCGAGUGGCCGGCGGUACAACAUAGACGAACUCGGUUCUGAUAGGUAUUUCAUAUCGUCGUCUCAGACGAACUCCGAUGUGGCAAAUCCGUGUUCCAUCUUCCCUUACGCAGGACAGACGGGUACGGUGUACAGUGGGUCAAACGGAUCCAGAUACCCCGCCUCUCUCCAUUACGGAUCCGUCCUGCCGCCGACCGGGUUUUCAUCCUCCGUGUGCUCCAGUCGUAGUCAGUUUGGCAGUGGGUAUCAGUUCGGCCAGGGUCCAGGUUGUCUGUACCCCUCAUAUCCGGGAACGGGUUCGAGCAUUGGCUCCAUGUCCCUACCGGGUUCGGCGGCGGGAGCGAGGGCUCAAGUUUAUCUUUGCAACCGGCCUCUGUGGCUCAAGUUUCACCGACACCAGACGGAAAUGAUCAUUACCAAACAGGGCAGGCGGAUGUUUCCAUUCCUCAGUUUCAACAUUACGGGACUGAAUCUAACGGCACAUUACAACGUAUUUGUGGAAGUUGUCUUGGCCGAUCCAAACCAUUGGCGAUUUCAAGGAGGAAAGUGGGUCACCUGUGGGAAAGCGGACAACAAUAUGCAAGGUAACAAGAUGUAUGUCCAUCCUGAAUCCCCGAACACCGGCGCUCAUUGGAUGAGGCAGGAAAUCUCCUUCGGCAAGCUAAAGCUCACCAACAACAAAGGAGCGAACAAUAACAACACGCAGAUGAUUGUUUUGCAGUCCCUGCACAAGUACCAGCCAAGGCUGCACAUUGUAGAAGUGACUGAAGAUGGAGUGGAAGACAUGAGUGCAGAAGCCAAGACCCAGACCUUCACCUUCCCUGAGAACCAGUUCAUUGCCGUCACUGCCUACCAGAACACAGAUAUCACACAGCUCAAGAUCGACCACAACCCGUUUGCUAAAGGCUUCAGGGACAAUUACGACUCGAUGUACACAGCCCCAGAGAGUGACCGCCUGACCCCAUCACCCACAGACUCCCCCCGCUCCCACCAGAUCGUGCCGGGGGCGCGCUACGCCAUGCAGCCCUUCUUCCAGGACCAGUUUGUCAACAACCUCCCCCAGAACCGCUUCUACACGGGCGAGCGGGCCGUGCCCCAGACCAACGGGCUGCUGUCUCCCCAGGGCGAGGAUGCCGCCUCUGCCCAGCGCUGGUUUGUCACACCGGUCCAGCAGACGGGCUCUAACAAGCUGGACCUGUCCUACGACAACGACUACUCCACCAGCAGCCUGCUGUCCUACGGAAUCAAGCCCCUCCCCUUGCAGAGUCCCCACGGUCUCAGCUACUAUCCCGACUCCGCCUUCGCCUCCAUGGCCGCCGGCUGGGGCUCCAGGGGGCCCUACCAGCGCAAGAUGACCACGGGCCUCCCCUGGUCCCCCCGGCCUAGCCCCCCGGCCUUCCCGGACGACCAGCUGGCUGGGAAGGACAAGCUGGCGGAAGAGACGCCCACAGCCUCUUCCUCGUCCUGGGGAGACACGGCUCACUCGCUCAAGUCGGUGGACUCCAGCGAUUCUGGGGUCUACUCUAUGGUGUGCAAGAGGCGCAGGAUGUCUCCGGGAGGCUCCAGCACGGAAAACUCCCCGACGAUCAAGUGUGAGGACUUGACCAGCGAGGAGUUCAACAAAGACACCAAUCCCAAAGGCAUGGGUUACUACGCCUUUUACACAAGCCCCUAAAAGAAUGUCUGUAUUUAUUAUUGGAGUCUGGGUUGAAGGGGGGGGGGGGGGGGGGGUUAACAUCUCAUUCCUUUUUGGAGGGUUUUUAAAUAUGAUUUUAUGCUCAAGCUACUCCCUCCCUCCUCCUCAUUCCAAAUGCCUUUUUAUUAACUUAUGUCUGAAGGUGGCAUAGCUCUGCUAUCAAGCCAGCUGCACAGGUUUUUACCCCAGUCGCCCUCCACCCCCAACCUGAAUACACCCAAGCAUUGUGAGGAGUUGUUGUUUUUGAAGCAUGUCUCUAGUUUCU